AUGGCGGACGCGGUUGGUGAUGCUGUGGAAAAACUGUGGCAGCGUUAUAAACAACUUGUCAGUGAAAAUCCAGAGACAGUCGGGCAGCUGGAGGCAGGAUGCCGAGUCCUUUCAUACUUUAUUGCAGGGCGUUUCCAGGACUCUGGGGUUCUCUCAGAGCUGGUGUAUUCAGCCUCAAACAUCUUGGUCAUGCUGAAUGAUGCCAUUUUACAGAAAGCUGCACUCCUUGUCCCAAAAAUGUCAGUAAGUCGCAUGAAGUUGAUGCGUCUGAUAACAGUUGUGGAGUACUUGGAGGUGUUUGUGGAAAUGGCUGCUCUCAGACUCUGGGGAAACACUGGCAGGUGGAUCAUUAUAGCCUGCAUACAGAUCAUCAGGUCAGCCAUUCGUUUCUUCCUUCUUGUGGAGCACUCAGUGGGAAUCCAGCCAACACCACCGCUCAAACCGUUCAACAGAGAUUUACUGAAAAAAUAUUCCAAGGAGCAGAACCACCAGAAAAUGGGGCCAGAUGGAAAAUCUGCCAGGAAUCCAAGUGUGAUAUUCAAAUUAAAGCGUUCUGGGAGAUGUGUGAGGACUCUGUCAGCAGCGCCCCCUAUCAGCUUAAGAGACUGGAACCUGAAAAAAGACAUAUCAGCUGAACAGAACAUCGAUAAAGAGAAGAGUGAGACAGAGUUUGAGUCGUCUCCCCUGAACAGGCAGAGGACGUGGGCAGAGGGCAUCUAUAUCCUACGGCCUGUGGUUCACUUAUUUGCUAUGCUCUGUUGUGGUCAGAAGUCCUGGACACCCUGGCUACUCUCCUGUGGUCUUGAUGUCUCAAGUCUGUGCCUUAUGGGAGAUCCUUCAGAUCUCAAUACUGAUGAAAAGAGUGAAAUAAAAAAACGCACAUUUCUCCUCUUGUUUUACUUACUGAGAUCACCUUUCUUCGAUCGGUUCUCACAAGCCCGAAUCCUCAUACUGCUUCACGUGAUUGCUACCCAUGUCCCAGGAAGUGGCCUCAUCAUCAAACCUCUGAUGGAAUAUCUACCUGCCUGGCAAAGAAUCUACUUCUAUGUGUGGGGUACAUAACACAUCUUCAGAACUAUUUUCAUACAAUGUUCUGUUCUUAUGAUGAAAAAGUGCACCUUGCCUCUUCGCUGUUGGUUUAUCCAGCACCUCAGUGAUUUGUACAAUAUAAAGAAUGUCAGAAAUUAAUUAUUCAUACCUUGUUACGAUGUAUCAUUGUUUUCACUCUAAAGUAGAAAUUAUUGUUUGAUUGAUGGCAACAUUUUUUUUAAAAUUUAUUUUGUUUUCGUUUAGGACAAAUGUUCCUGUAGAAUAUUGGUUCUCAGACCAGUUUUACCUGUGGAUUGCAUUUUCUCAAACCAGUUUUUCAUGUCAAAUAUUGGCUCUCAAACCAGCUGUUCCUGUAGAACUUUGGUUGCCAAGCGAGUUGUUUAUUUUAAAUAUUGGUUCUUAACCCUAUUGUUCCUGUUAAACACUGAUCCACCAAGCUAGUUGUUUUCGUUGAACAUUGGUUUUUAACCCACUUGUUCCUGUUGAACACUGAUCCGCCAAACUAGUUGUUUUUGUUGAAGAUUGGUUCUAAUAAGCCAGUUGUUCCUGUUCCUAUUGAACACUAGUCCCCAAGCUACAUGUAGUUGUUUCUAUCCAGUUUUUACUUUUUAACAUAAGACCAUUUUCUUUUUAUUUUCCUUUUGUUUAAUGAGAAAUUAAACCCACCCCAAAAUGACUGAAGGUAUAAACAAAAUAUUAUAGAUAAUAUUCCUUAUCUGAAGUUGUUCCUCCUCACUAUAUUUCAUGUCUUUAUUUUCAUAAGCCACUCUUAAAUGGCAUUCUCAUAAUGCCAUUUCUACUCAAAACACUUGUCCUCUCAGAUUUUUCAUGUGAUACUCCUUUACCAACUAUUUCUCAGUAAUUUUACCUUAUGAAAUGCAGCUUUUUAGAUUUUCAUGAAAUUUGGUAUUAGGAAUGGUAUGUACAUGCAGAUGUGUGUGAGCUUUUGGGGUUUCAUUCUGUUUAUUUUCUUCCAGAGAAUCUCUCUUUUGAAAAUAUAAGCUGUUGAUGCAAUGCCCGAUAUAGUUUCUAAUGAAUUAUACUUUGCACAAGUGUUUGGGGCAAUAUGUAGAUACAUGUGUGCAUUUCUGAUUGUGUUCCAUCAAUAAUUUUACAAUUUUGGCUUAAGACAAAACUGAAAGUUUGUUAUUGCAAGGUUUAAUAUAGUUUUCAAAAUGUUUUUAUGAAAAUGUGUACAUGGAUUGUAUUUGUCACGUUUCACAAUGUUAUUCCAGUUCAGUGGUAGUAUUCAGAUUCUGUUUCAGUAAUCCUAUCUUUUUGCAUUUCAUAUCAAGUUUACCUUGUUCAUUUUUGUAAAAGAGCACAAAACCCUUUUCUUGCCCAAGAAAGAGUAUCAAGUAUUAAGCUCACAGAAAGCAAUAUGGGUGAGAAUAGUCCUGCAAUGUAUGAUAAUGAUACAGAGUAAAUGUGCAUGUUAUUGUAGCUAUACCCCAGUCACUAUUGUUCAAGAUACAUUCCUUUAAUAAUACCAAAGUUUUACUGAUAUUGCAUUAGAUUAAGGCAAAAUAAAUGAUUGGUUAAUUUUUAUGGUUUAGUAGGUGUACUUGUCAUAGUCCUAAACAGUGGUGGGCGAAUGCCCUCAUAAAGAAAAGCACUUGAAGUACUGCUGCGGAGCCUGAGGGUGUUACACCAUCUUCUGAUAUCUCUUAUUUCUGGUUUUUUGACUAUGCAGUUCCCUAUGAUCUAACCACCAUCCAUUGUCCUAUUCAUUUAAAAAUGUGCUCACAUACCAUAAUGUGAGUGAAACAUGAUGGUUUUACAAAAUCUGUGUUUGCCACUUAAAAUGUCUUAUUCAGACAAAAUUUAUCAUUUUUUGUUUAAUCGUCUAAAUUCAGCUCAUUUUCUCAACCAGAUAUUUUUGUAAUAUUGUGUGUAAUAAAUGUCCACAAAAAUGUAAAUGUAUCCAGCUUUAAUUGGAUUCAAA